GUUAGUGCUCUGAGACGAAAUAUGUGCCAGAUUUCUAUGAUCUCUUUCAAUUUUUUCUCCAACGUGCAUGCGCAUUAGAGAGGAAAACUGACAACAACGAACUCUUUCAAAUAUAGAUCAAAAACUCUAACCCAAUCUAUCAAAGUGAUUAGAGAUAUGAUCUGCGAGAUUGACAACAAAGGAACCAAGGAAAUAAAAAUUGGCAAUAAAAUUUUUUCAAAAAAGAACGAAAUAAGAGCAAACCUCAUGAACACGAAAGCGUUCAGAGAGGAACAACUCAAACUUGUCCAAGAACAACUAAUGCACCUUAAAACCGAUCCAAAUAAAAUUCCCGCAGAGAAACAAACCUCCAACACGAGAAAGCUUGAUAAAGAAGAAGAAAACAUUAACUUUGAAAUCGUAAACGAAGUUAAAAGAAGAAGAAUGGAAACUGCAAGAGACAAAUCCGAAGAAACUCUGAACUCUGAAACAAAAGAAGGAAACUCUCUUGAUAAGGAUAAAGAAGAGAAAGUGACUGCGGAACCCAUGGAAAUUCAAGAUGUGGAACUCAAAGAAGAACAAGGUUUUAAAAGAAGAGGAAAAAACUUCUCGUCAAACUCCAGCGAAGAAGACAAUGUUUUGAAUAAGACGUUUUCAGACCCAGAAAUAACAACCUCAUCUCGGAAACGUAAAUUCAAACGCAAAAUUGAGAAAGAACGACCUUCUUUUAGAACCGAGAAAAACUCCCAAAUAACCGUCAGAACCGCAACCCCGACUCCCAGAAUGAAGGAUAAAAUAGCUCAAGAAUCCUUUCAUACUGACUCAGAACAAGAAAAAGAAUUUGAGAUGGGAAUCAACUACGAUCAACCAAAAAAAGAUGACGAAAAGAAAAAGGACAAUUCAACCAAAAACAUGAAAGGAAACAAAACACCUCCAGAGCCAGAUUCAGAGAAAACAGAUCUAACACAAAUAACACAGACAAAAAAGAAGAUCUCGUUUGCUGCUAAACCCAUCUCGAAACCAAAAUCAAAACCAGAAGUGACUCCAAACAAGAACAUUCAAACAAACAAAAUACCCGUCCAAAACGAAGAGAAUGGAAAGGCCCCUCGCCCUCCUAAAUCAGCAAAAUCAAACCCCACAGUUACUGAUGAACACCCACCGAAAGAACCAACAGUUAAAAUAAAUAAAGAACAAUCAUCAGAAAAAUUAAAGAUUUUCUUUAACAAGAUGGAGGAUACCAUAGAAACCAUGCUAAAAGAAAACUGCGGAAUUUUCAUCAAAAACAUAGAGAAAAUAAUGACCGCAAAAUUCAAUGACUUCCUCGAAGAAACUUUUGAAUCAAACCAAAUUACACAAUAUAAAGAAAUGCGAUAACAUCUGCGAUGUCCUUUUUUUUUUAUAUAAGACUUUUGACAACAUAGUGCGAACUUGAGUUCUAAUCUAGAUUCGAACUCUUAGUUCCAACACACCCUCUUCUUUUUUUUUUUCUUUGUCACCAAACGAUCAUCAUCACUCUUUAAUUUCUUCUUUUUUUUCAAUUCCAGAUUAGCUCUUUGGAUCGAGAAAACAAAGCAUCAUGAUCUGGAAAGCCAAGACUGUUUGUACGCUUACAACAACUGCAAGGUUUGCUUAAAGCACUUUGAAGACAGCAUGCUGAAGACAGAUAAAGGAGGAAAAUUAAGAUUGGAUGUUAAUGCAGUGCCUACUGUAUUCAGCGGAUCAUCAGCAUCCAUUAUUCCCUUAGCACCCAGCAAAAACAUGAGAACUAUGGCAACACCAUCAUUUACAUCCACAAAACAGAACCGUCCUGUGAAAUGUGUGAGGCGAUUGUUCGGCGUGGCAGCUUUAGAUUUUUCGGACAUUCCAUUGGUCGAGAAUUCCC